UUACGUACUUGGAUGCUUGGAUAGCGGUCUGCUAGAGAGUACAGUACUUGCCACUUGGAUCCAAACACCUUUGAUAUUGAAAGAUGUGAUAUCGAGUUAUUUAUGACCACAGAAAACCACAGAAGAACCAACUUACCUAGGAGUUUGUAUUUAUUGCUAGUUUCUUUUGCUGCGAGAAAUGUGACGCACAUAGAAUCUUUACUUGGUUUCCCUGACCAGGUGGGGCAUGACAUCUUUAAACAAGUGGAAAGGUUGGGGAUAUUGCAGUCCCCGCACGAACAGUCACAGAAAUGCCUGCAGCUUUUCCAAGAGGCAUACCCACAUCUGGUGCUAAUCAAGCUGAACCUGACGUCAGCGACACGGGUGGUGGAUGAAUACUUUGAUCACCUGUCACAGUUUACCUGUCUCACAGAGCUGAGUCUCGCUGCCUGUCGGCUAGGUGAUCAACACGACAUGCUGCAAAACAUCGCACAGAUACUGAGGCUGCACAGGAUGACGCAUCUGAGUUUGGAGGGGAAUUGCCUGACUGAUGCCGGCCUGCAGAAGCUGACGUCACCGCUGCGCAUGUACGAGCGCGGACACAGCAGCCUCACCUACCUGGAUCUAAGUGGAAACGAGUUUAUCACCGAUGUGGGUGUUAAGUGCAUCGCCACGGCGAUGAGAAACCUGCAAACUCUGCUACUCACGGGGACGAGCGUCAAGGACAGUGGACUCGCGACUCUGUGCGGAAGGUUACGUCUGCGGCGGGCGGGCUGCCCUCCCCAGCCCCACGCGUUCACGGACGAAGGAUGGGCGGUGGCCACUGUGAACGACUGGUCACACCUCUGCUCACAGCAACACAGCAGCAGCAGCAGCAGCACUAGCACCGCAUCUAGCUUCUAUCGCAGAAGGAAAGCGGCCGAUGUUACGUCACAUAGAUGUCAACUGAAUCAUCAAUCACACGACAUCAUCGUUCUGAUCCGUGACGCGACGGACAGGGAGGUGCUGCCCUCUGCAUCACAACCUGCUCAUUCUAGCUGCACGAACAGCGACACAACUCUUGAUGCCCAACCUAACAUGAGCGCAGUUGGCUGCUCCAGCCCCCCUGCACUGUUACCAUGCCAACAUCGCGAGUCACGCAAGAGAAAACGAGCAUGCAAGUUUCAUCCACGGGACAUACCGCCUGCACAACCAGGUGGCGCUACGGAUGAUGAACUCUUGGCCAUGUACAGACAAGCGAAAAAAACUGGAGAGGGUAAAGAUUCUCUUUGGAAUGCGAUGAACAGUGACACCUGGUGAGAACGAGAGGAAGGCUUACAGAAUCAGUACAGUUCGUGGAUAGAAGAUUCAAGGAUACAAAACUUGCUGAAAAAGUUCGCCUAGUUUACCUAGCUCUCCAUAUUCUGUGACAUUUGUUUUUUUGUGCCACAUUUGUUAUCUGAUAAAGGACAUUAGGUAAAUUAACUUUCCAAAAGUGUUUUUGACAUUGUCUAACAUAAACCAUAUUUAUUGUGAGUCU